CAACGGCGGCUGCUGCGGCGGCUGCUGCUUCGACCAAACGCAGGCGGACGGACCAGCCGCACAAGGACAUUCAACCAGCUGCAUUUAAUCUAGAUGAUGUUAUUUCCGAUCCGGGUAUCCGAAAACAGAUUGAUGAGUAUGCUACCCGGCAAUUAGAGAUGAAAUGAGAAGAGCAUAUUUGUUGAAAGGUCCAUGCCGUUUGAUUGGUCAUAAUUUUCCACGCUCAAAAUUUGGUAAAGAUUGGCGGUCAUUUCAAGAAGCUUGGUAUAAACAAUAUGAUUGGUUAGAGUAUAGUGUUGAAAAACAAGCUGCAUAUUGUUUGUACUGUUUUCUUUUCAAGCCUCCAAACAUUAGUGGGAAAUUUGGGUAUGAUGCAUUCACGAAGAAGGGGUUUAAAAAUUGGAAGAAAGGGCCAGAGUACUUCAAGGUUCAUGUAGGUAAACAAAACAGCGCUCACAAUAAUGCUAGAAGGCAUUGUGAAGAUUUCAGAAAUCAAAAGCAAAGUGUGUCAUAUGCAAUCACUUGUCAUGAUGAGAAAUCACAUCUGGAAUAUGAAGAACGCUUGAGGGCUGUUGUAGGCAUUGCAAGAUUUCUUGUUUCACAGGGGCUAGCAUUUCGUGGGCAUGGCGAGUCCGACACUUCCUUGAAUAAGGGUAAUUUCCUUGAGAUGGUGGACUGGUUUGCCGAAAGAUUCAAGGAUGUAGCCAAUGUGAUGAAUGAUAAUGCUCCUGGCAAUCAUAAAUUGACUUCUCCUAAAAUUCAGAAACAAAUAGUACAAGCAUGUGCCGAAGAGACUAUGCAAGUCAUCAUGAAUGAGCUUGGGAGUGGUAAUUUCGCUCUACUUGUUGAUGAGUCUCGUGAUGCAUCGGUUAAAGAGCAAAUGGGCGUGAUUGUGAGAUUUGUGAACCAAAAAGGGGAGGUGUUGGAAAGGUUGCUUGGUGUUGAGCAUGUUGUUGAUACUAAAUCCGCCUCUUUGAAAAGAUCUUUGGAUGCAAUGUUUGAUAAACAUAAUUUAUCCAUGUCUAGAUUGAGAGGACAAGGAUAUGAUGGUGCCUCAAAUAUGCGUGGUGAACUAAAUGGGCUGAAAAAAUUGGUGUUAGAUGUGAACCCUCAUGCUUUUUAUGUGUAUUUUGUGUCUUUUCAUGUUAUUCUGGUAUUUUUAUUUCAUUGAUCAUGACAGUUGAAUUACGUUUACAAUGUAACCCUAUGAAUUUUAUCUAGUAAAUUUGCGUU